ACUUUGUGUUCCUUUCUCCAGAUCAGCAGAAAUAUGCAUCAAGGAAACCAAACAAGUGUCUCUGAAUUCCUCCUCCUGGGACUCUCCACCCAACCUGAGCAGCAGGAGCUCCUCUUUGCGCUUUUCCUGGCUAUGUACCUGGCCACCGUGGUGGGGAACGGGCUCAUCAUUCUGGCCAUCGGCUUGGACUCUUACCUUCACACCCCCAUGUACCUCUUCCUCGCCAACCUAGCCUUUGCUGAUAUUUCCUCCAUUUCCACCUCAGUCCCCAAAAUGCUGAUGAAUAUUCAGACCAAGAGUCCAUCCAUCUCCUAUGAGAGCUGCAUCACACAGAUGUAUUUUUCUAUUGUCUUUGUUGUCAUUGACAACUUCCUCUUGGGGGUCAUGGCCUGUGACCGCUUUGUGGCUAUCUGCUGCCCUCUGAACUACACGGCCAUCAUGGGACCCGGGCUCUGCCUUUGGCUGACUGCCAUCCCCUGGGUCCUCAGUAAUGCUGUCGCCCUGACACAUACCCUUCUGCUCCUUCGACUGGUCUUCUGUGAUGGCAAUGCCCUCCCGCACUUCUUCUGUGACUUGGCCCCGCUGCUCAGGCUGUCCUGCUCAGACACGAUGGCCAAUGAGCUCGUGCUCUUUGUCGUGGGCUCAUCGGUCGUCACCCUGCCCUUUGCCCUCACCCUCAUCUCCUAUGUCUGCAUUGUCAGGGCUGUCCUGAGACUCUCACUCACAGAGGGGCGGUGGAAAGCCUUCUCCACCUGUGGCUGUCACCUGACAGUUGUGUUCCUCUUCUAUGGGACCAUCGCAGGGGUCUACUUCUUCCCUUCAUCCUCUGACCCUGACAACAGAGACAAGAUUGGGGCGGUACUGUUCACCGUGGUGAUCCCCAUGAUGAACCCCUUCAUCUACAGCCUGAGGAACAAGGACAUGAAAGGGGCCCUGAGGAGACUCCUCCAUGGGAAAAGGGCUCUCCCUGUGAUGCCCUGA